AUUUGAUGAAUGAAUUGGUCUCAUAAGUAAUGAUAAGUAUUGUCACAAACAGCACAUUAUUUGCAAAUUGGAAACAAUGUGUGAAAUGUGGUUCAUAUACAACAUAUACAGUACUGUACAGUGAAUACAAUGACAACAUUGUUAUUGUUAGUGCAAAAUGAUUGCAUUGAUUGCAAAAGUGAUUCAAUGAAUUGAAGCGAUCGCUAUUCUGGUCAAUAUCUAGUCAAUGGUGUUGUGAUAGUCGUAUGAGUUAUGCCUCGCAUUACAUUAACGCGAGUUAUAUUAGUCGUGAUUUUGAUCACUUGUGUCACUCUAUUAGCAGUGGAUGUUUGGUUUGAAUUGCAAUUCAUUAAUUCAGUCAAUACUAGUCAACACAACAAUGAGUUGAAUCACAACCAACUCAUUGUGUCGGCAAAGGAGCCAAAGGAUGCGCCCAAACAUUCAUCACUACAUAAUAGCGUUACAAAUGACUUAAUUGAUGGCCAUUUGAAUGAGAGGUCGUUGAAUGGGUUGAAUGGGAAUACAAAUCGACACAAUUAUCGCUUGAAUGUAUUGAAUCACAAUUUGAAUGCCGAUAAGCCGUGGUUUAUGGCGAACGGCAGCCGCAGACCCACGAGUCGAAUGGCGGAUGCGUUGGCCCUCUGGCCCGAAGACCACACCACAGACCACACCGAAGACCGUAUUGUGAAUCAAUUGAUGUAUUUUCCCGCAGACUAUAAGCCAUCGUCUAAUGAAUUGAAGAAAAUAGUGCUAUACCUGGGAAGAGGCGGUUGGAAUGAUGUGCCAAUGGGUCGCACAAAGUUCGUGAGUGACAAGUGUCCGGUCGACCGGUGUUUCCUCACUUCCAACGCGGCCGAAGCGCCCGAAGCGGACGCCAUCUUCUUUAAAGAGCGUUUCCAAUGGCCUAAACACAGGCGACCUAUGCAUCAGAUUUGGAUACUAUUCCUGUUGGAGUGUCCGCUUCACACACAGCUCUUCACCCAUUUAGGGCACCGAGUAUUCAAUUGGACCGCAACUUAUAGACACGACUCCGAUAUAGUGGCGCCCUAUGAAAAGUUUGUGCCCUAUUCUCAAACAAUACCAAAACAAAGUGCACUAAAGAACUGGGCGGAGGGCAAGACCAAAGAGGUUGCGUGGUUUGUAUCCAAUUGUGGCGCCCGUAAUAAGCGUCUGGAAUACGCGCGCGAACUUUCCCGUUAUAUUGAAGUCGACAUUUACGGCAGUCACAAUUCACUCGAUUAUAACUUGAUACCAAUAGUAAUGGGCGCUCAUCCGGAUGACUAUCGGCGCUCAUCGCCUCCCAAUUCCUAUAUACACGUCGAUAACUUUGAAUCGCCCAAAGCUUUGGCUAACUAUUUACACAUUCUGUCAGCGAAUCCUCAAUUGUAUAACAAGUAUUUUGAAUGGAAAUCCAGCGGAGAAUUCAUUAAUACUUACUUCUGGUGUCGUGUUUGCGCGCUCUUACACUCGAAGCACUCUAAACCCUCGCGUGGAUAUCAGGACAUAUCCAACUGGUGGUCACCACAAGGCAUCUGCAAUAAUGGCCAACACAAUUGGGCACAAGAAUCUCACCAUUAAUUUAUUACAAUAUUUUUACUAUAUUUUAAUUAUUGUUACUAUUAUUGCAAUUCUUUUCAUUCCUUUUUAUUUUUGUUGAAAUACUUUUAUGUUUUCCAAACACACACAAAAUGCAUAAUACCGUAAUUUUGUAUUAUUUUCUAUUUAUACAUUUAAAUUGUUGAAUUUUUAUUUAUUAUAUAUAUUUAUUUUGCGUUAUACCGUAAAUAUUUUAGUUAUUGUUUUAAAAUAUUUAUUAAAUGUUUGAUUUAAAUA